AUGGCGAGUAGAGGUGGACAGGGGACGACAAGGACUGCGCCAGCCGGAGGAAACAGGACAUGCCAGUUCAAGCUUGUUUUGCUGGGUGAAAGUGCUGUAGGCAAAUCUUCACUAGUACUUCGAUUUGUGAAGGGCCAAUUUCACGAGUACCAAGAGUCUACGAUUGGAGCCGCUUUCUUAACGCAAACUGUUGUUCUGGAUGAUGCGACCGUCAAAUUCGAGAUCUGGGAUACGGCUGGGCAAGAGCGGUAUCACUCUUUGGCUCCUAUGUACUACCGCGGCGCCCAGGCCGCUAUAGUGGUCUACGACAUUACGAACGCGGACUCCUUCCAAAAGGCCAAAAAUUGGGUGAAGGAACUGCAGCGCCAGGCCUCCCCAAACAUUGUGAUGGCUCUUGCCGGUAAUAAAGCCGACGUUGCAAAUCGUCGUGCUGUUGAAUACGAGGAAGCCCAGGCAUAUGCUGAAGACAACUCCCUAUUGUUCAUGGAAACCUCUGCCAAAUCUUCGAUGAAUGUUAACGACAUCUUUAUGGCAAUUGCACGCAAGCUGCCUACCGGACCACCCCCUGGUGAACCGACCGGGACUGUCGAUAUCAACGCCGCUAACAAUGCCCAGCAAAAGGGGGGCACUUGCUGCAAA